AAGAGUAGAACUUGGAAAGAUACAGGUUUGUCAUACCUGACUGCUCCCCACACAAUCCAGCGAACCGAGACUCAAGUCGGUCGUUGUCAGUUUGGCUCCCAUAAAUACAGCCUCUCAGGACUCUGUGAUGGAUAACAAGCAUGAAUUCACAAAUGGUGGUCAAGAGGACACCGGCCCGGGGGAUCGUGUCCCUAAGAGGUGUGAACGACUAUCAAGUCACGCCUAUGUCCUGGCUGUGUGCGGCGGGGUGGUGGUUGGAUUUGGACUAGGAUUCAUACUUCGUCAAAUACAAAUUUCGGCGGAUGUCCUUAUGUGGACAGGAUUACCAGGGGAGAUUUUCAUGAGAAUGUUGAAGGUGACUAUAUUACCAGUCAUCGUAUGUAGUAUCAUUCAAGGUACCGCCACCAUGGACCCUCUCUCUCACGGCCGGAUCAGCUUACUAUCUUUAGGGUUGGUAUUACUGGCCAACUCUGUGGGCUCACUGACCGGGAUCAUCUGUUACUACAUUGUCCGCCCAGGUGAGGGAAUGGCAAUAGACGAUGAAAUACACGUUAGAACUAUCAGCAGAGCUGUACAGCCACACGAUAUGUUCGCGGAUCUUAUAAGAAACAUUAUUCCAGACAAUAUACUGACGGCCUGUUUCCAAAAGACUCAGACAAGAUACGAUGUUAAAACAGAAUUUAACUCGACCAAUACAACGCUCUCCCGGUCUAUUGGUACAGCGGCUGGCACAAAUGUUUUAGGUAUUCUUUUUCUAUCCACUGUUAUUGGAAUGGCCACCAGUAAGAUGGGCGAGAAAGGAAAGAUCGUUGUAGACCUGUUCGAAGCUUUCUCAUUGAUAUUUAUUAAAAUUCUCACUUGGUUUAUGUGGUCGACACCAGUAGGCGUGGCUAGUCUGAUAGCCGUAUCAGUGGCGCAGGUCAAUGACAUUGAGGACACCUUCAACAGCCUAGGUCUCCUGGUGGCCGCCUUCUUAAUAGGAAUUCUUUUCCAACAACUUGUCCUGUAUCCGUCCGCACUGUUUAUAAUCUUCAGAAUGAACCCUCUAUAUUUUUAUUUCAAAGCAGCCAAGGCUUGGAUGGCGGUGUUUGGUCCUCCCAGCUCAGCCAUGGGAAUUCCAGAGAUUUUACGACUUUGCGAAGAAGAUUUCCACGUUGAUAAGAGAGUAUCACGGUUUACAGUGCCGUUUGGAGCCGCGGAGUGUAGAAUCGGCAGCAUGCACUUCAUUGCUCUGUCUGCCCUCUUCAUCGCCGCAGUACAGGGUGUCAGUCUCAGUCCUCUACAAGUGGCUAUUGUUUGGAUAUUGUGUUCCUUGUCUUCACUGGCUGUUCCUGCUGUUCCAAGCUCCUCCCUUGUCGUAGUCCUCAUCCUGUUGACGUCAGUUGAUGUGGACGGGGAAGCGAUGGGUAUCCUCUUUACAUUAGAGUGGUUCACGGACAGAUUGCGAUCAACUAGUAAUGCCAUGGCCAGUACUAUAUGUACAAUGCUAGUGGAUAAGCUAUGUAGAGGUAAACUAGAAGUGGUUACUUCUGGUAAAACAACAUCGACGGGAGAAGGUGGCGCUGACACCGAUGGCGAUUUUUCUGAUCUGGCUGAUGAUAGCAAAGAUGGCCCGAAUUCUGUUCUAUUAAAGAUACAUUAAAUAUCUCCAAUUUACAAUUUGUUUAUUACCAUUUCGAGAGAGCAGGAAAUGAAAGUGAAUCAUUGACUGUAUUCAUUCAAGUACAUCCUGAUAAGAGUUUAGUUUAUGCCAUGCACUUAGAACCACUAUCGUACCAGUGUUUUAGCUUAUGUCAUGCACUGAGAACCACAAUUAUACCAAUAUUUAAGUUGAUGCCAUGCAUUGAGAACAACUAUCAUACCAGUGUUUUAGUUUAUGCCAUGCACUGAGAACCACUAUCGUACCAGUGUUUUAGCUUAUGUCAUGCAUUGAGAACCACUAUCAUACCAGUGUUUUAGCUUAUGUCAUGCAUUGAGAACCACUAUCAUACCAGUGUUUUAGCUUAUGUCAUGCAUUGAGAACCACUAUCAUACCAGUGUUCAGUUUAUGCCAUGCACUAAGAACCACUAUCAUACAAGUGUUUUAGUUUAUGUCAUGCAUUGAGAACCACUAUCAUACCAGUGUUUUAGCUUAUGUCAUGCAUUGAGAACCACUAUCAUACCAGUGUUCAGUUUAUGUCAUACACUGAGAACCACUAUCAUACCAGUGUUUUAGUUUAUGUCAUACACUGAGAACCACUAUCGUACCAGUGUUUUAGUUGAUGGUAUGCAUUGAGAAGCCAUCGUAUCAGUGCCAAAUUAUCUUGUAAUAACAAAAAAUAAAACCGGAUCAAUCUUAAA